UUUUCUUUUUAUUCAGUCAGAUCCAGAGCGACACUGUAACACAGACUGGAUCCUACAGGCUGACUCUAACCUGACCACAGAUGAGCAGCUGAACCUGACUCUGCCCCGGGAGGACGAUGGGACCUUCAGCAGGUGUCGGAUGUUUGUCCCUGUGGACUGGGACAUUGGUGCCAUCAGGGAGUACGGACUCAAUGAGACCACGGGGUGCCAGAAUGGAUGGGUGUACUAUAACACGCUGUAUGAAGCCACCAUCGUCACUGAUUUUGAUCUCGUCUGUGACAAGUCUAAAAUGGUUGAAGUUGUGCAGACUGUCUUCCUGGCUGGUUCACUUGCUGGUUCAUUCAUCUUUGGACCUAUAGCUGAAUCGUACGGCCGCAGGAGAACCACCCAGUUACCAGUUGUCCUUUUGCUGAUAUUUCUCACAAUUGCUGGCGUGUCUCCAGAUUUUUAUGUUUACAUGGUGUCACAGUUCAUGGUUGGAGCAGCACUUGGAGGAUACAGAAUUAACUCCAUUGUAUUAGCUACAGAGUGGACCGGGGUCACCAAAAGGUCCUUUGCCUCCUGUUUGAGCCAGGAGUUUGGAGCUGUUGGACAGUGUGCCAUGGCUGGUCUGGUCUAUGUUAUUCGUGACUGGAGAAUAGCACAGUAUGUCACAGCAGGAAUGCAGGCCGUUGUAUGCUUGUACAUAUGCUGGAUUCCUGAAUCUGCAAGGUGGUUGCUUGGGCAGGGAAGAACCGAAGAAGCGAAGAGGUUCAUACGUAGAGUUGCAGCAAUCAAUAAAAAGAAAAUCCCAGAGACUCUGCUGGAUGAGGUAACUGGGGAGCGAGAAGUCCAAGGUGGAGGAAUCAAAGCACUUUUUACCUCAAGAGUCUUGACAAAAUAUUUCUUCAUUAUAUCUUUUGCCUGGUUUUCAUUAAAUCUAGGCUACUUCUGCCUUGUUCUGAAUGUGGGCAAGUUUGGUCUGAACAUCUUCCUGGUUCAGUUCCUGUUUGGGAUCUCGGAGAUACCAGCACAUCUCCUCUGUAUCUGGGUUCUGGAGUUGACGGGGAGAAAAAAAUCCCUGAUAUCGACCCUCCUGACUGGUGGUUUUGUUUGCCUCUUAACCCUGGCUUUCCCUCAAGACAGCGCUGUUGUUAUCACAGCCCUUGUAACCACUGGAAAGUUCUUUUUGAACUGGGCGAGCUCAAUAUGUUUGGUCUACAUUCAGGAGUUGUUUCCCACCUCUGUCAGGCAAACAGCUGUUGGCUUGGGCUCCAUAGCCUUUAGAGUAGCAAGUCUGCUGUCUCCGUUGCUCAACAUGUUGGCCAUAUACCACUGGUCCAUACCCAUCAUCGUCUUCAGCAGCCUUGUGGUGGUCAGCGGAACUCUUGUCUUCCUCCUUCCUGAGACCUGCAGAAAAGAGCUUCCUGACUCAACUUAUGAGGCUGAGGGCAACAGGAAUAUGACCACCAAGAAGACUGGAAGUGACUUUAAAAUGGCUGAACACAACAGCAGCAAAUCCACCAAACUCUAGUCAGAAUACUGUAUUUUUACACAUUUCUGUUGUGUGUAACACAAGCUAUAUAUUGUUGGGUAAAAUAUUUUAAUUUGGACAGCCGAGUGGCUUCAAUGUUGCUGAGUCACCCAGUGUGUUUGCUCAUGUACUGUGUCUGACUCUAUUGUAUGUCUUUACUGCUGUCAUUGUUUCUGUGGGAGAUAUAAAACAUUUAUAGAGAGUGGGCUUCUGACUUGCUUGUGAAAAGGUCUAACAAAUCUCUUGCAAAAUAUUUAAAGAUAUGAGUUGUGAUCUCCAGCUGUUCCAACAACUUCUUAUCAGUCUGAAAACAAGCUGGUAUUUCUUUAUGAUGAACUGACCCUUUGUCACAGGGUGUAUGUAUGUGAGCACUUCAACUGUGAAGUGACAGACUCUUUGAAUAUUUCAAAAAGGCCUAGAGCUAACUCUCUUGUAUUUCACAUGAAAAAAGUUUAGAGGAAAGUCCAAAGAAAUGAACAACUUUGUAGUUAUGGUGGUAAUCAUAUUUUGACCCCAGGUUGGGAAACACUGUUGUAUAGAGUUGCAACAGACGCUGCAUGGGCAAUAAGAAUGCAGUGCUGCAACUGUAAGCAGAGGGUCUGAGGAGCAUGCAAAUACGCAUCAAGGGGUCAAUCCAUGUACAUUACACACAUUAAAAUUAUGAUUUAAUUGUUGAUCAAAGGCAUAGAAAGCUGCAGGUAAAUUGUAGUUUGAUGUUAUGGUUUCUUUUGAGCACUGAGUGAUAAUAAUGUGGUCUCCACAUAAGACCGUCUUUGCUUAAUCAUUAUAUAACAAUGUGCAUGACCUCUUCAGUUGUUGUCAGUCUGAUAAGUUUUACUGUGUCGGAGACAAUGCAGAAUCCAGGGGCGAGUCAAAAUA